GCAUCCCGCCCGGUGCCUUCCGCACACAGCCAGUCCCGGACCUGCGUGGAGCCCGCAGCCACGCCACUGGCCAGGCAGCGGCUCGAGGACAGCGCGAUGUCGCGGAUUUGGCGGUGAGAGCGCGGUGAGGAGGCGGCGGGUUGCAGGUGGAUCUGGGCUGGGUGCCCAAGGUGCGCGUCCCGCGGGCGGGCCAGGCAGCGGCUCGGCGCGGCGGCGUCCCGCCGAGGAGAACAGUUCUUUAUAAGGAGCCAAAGUUUUUUCAGAGACGCAUUUUAAUUCUUUGAGCCAAAGAGAUCUUCGAUCAAGGAACAGACUUUAACCCAGGACACAGAACCUCACUUGUCAGCAGUAAUCUCCGGGAAGAGGGGAGAAGACUGGCAGAAAUUUUUUUUUUUUUGAAGUAACGAGCCUUGCCGGUGACAGUCGCCUGUGCACACAGCAUUGAUGAAGUGCGCCUUCAGAUGGACAAAGCCCUGGGCCACAGAUCUCUGGUCACUUACCCUUGUUAUUUUUUCUGUACAACAUGUAUAUGGGACUGGAAAGAAAUACCUGGGUCCUUGCGGAGGAAGAGAUUGCGCUGUUUGCCAGUGCUUUCCUGCAAAGGGGUCUCGGGGUCAGCCAGGACUACCAGGGCCACAGGGUCCAAUUGGACCUCUGGGACCCCCAGGACCAAUUGGGAUUCCAGGAGAAAAAGGAAUGAAAGGGGACAGUGGUCCUCCUGGAACAGCAGGGGACAAAGGUGAUAAGGGUCCAACUGGUGUUCCUGGAUUUCCAGGUUUGGACGGCAUACCUGGGCACCCAGGGCUUCCCGGACCCAGAGGCCAACCUGGCGUGGAUGGCUACAACGGCUCAAGAGGUGACCCUGGGUUUCCUGGAGGAAGAGGAGCUCCUGGCCCAGGAGGCUCCCUAGGCCCUCCUGGGGAGAAAGGAGAAAAAGGAAAUUCAGUAUUCAUUUUAGGUGCCAUUAAAGGUAUGCAGGGAGACAGUGGGGACCCGGGACCGCCUGGCCUACCAGGAUCUUGGGGUACAAGAGGACCAGCGGGCCCCAUGGGAUAUCCCGGAGAGCCGGGGUUAGCAGGACCUCCAGGCCAUCCUGGGAGCCCGGGUUUGAAGGGUAAUCCUGGUAUGGGAGUCAAAGGGCAAAUGGGCGACCCGGGUGAAAUUGGCCAUCAAGGUUUUCCUGGACCUACCCUGUUGUUAGAACCACCUGAUUUUUGUCUCUAUAAAGGAGAAAAGGGUAUAAAAGGAAGUCCUGGAGUGAUUGGACCGCCAGGACCGCCAGGACCCAGGGGAGAACCUGGUAUUGGAGCAAAAGGAGAGAAAGGAAUUCCUGGAUUCCCAGGGCCUCGGGGUGACCCUGGUUCCCAUGGCUCUCCAGGUUUUCCGGGAUCGAAGGGAGUACCAGGAUUGGCUGGGGAUCCUGGGCCUUUUGGAUUUCUUGGGCCAAAGGGGGAUCUCGGAGACCGUGGGCACCCAGGACCACCUGGCGUUUUGGUAACUCCUCCUCCUCUUCUGAAAGGUCCCCCAGGGGACCCAGGGUUACCUGGCUCCUGUGGAGAAACAGGUGCUGUUGGACCACCUGGCCCCCCAGGGCCCCCGGGAAGACCAGGGGAAGCCUGUGCAGGCACCGUAGGACCCCGGGGGCCACAAGGGAUUCCUGGUCGUCCAGGGAUUCCAGGGGCACCUGGUGUUCCUGGGAAACCUGAUUCUGCUCCAGGAAAACCUGGGAAGCCAGGACCACCCGGCCUGCCUGGAGCACCAGGACUGCAGGGACUCCCAGGAUCAGAUGUGAUAUAUUGUAGUCCUGGGCUCCCUGGACCAAAAGGAAUGAAAGGCAAAGUGGGUCCUCCAGGAGGAAGAGGCUCAAAAGGGGAAAAAGGAAAUGAAGGUCCCUGUGCCUGCAAACCUGCACCCAUGGGCCCCCCUGGGCCACCAGGACUUCCCGGGAGGCCGGGGAGUAAAGGAGACUUGGGAAUUCCUGGCUGGCUUGGAGAAAAGGGUGACCCAGGCCUUCCUGGUGCUAAAGGCUCUCCAGGGCUACCAGGAAAACCUGGUGCCUCAGGACUACCUGGCAACAAAGGAGGAAAGGGUGACCCCGUCGUACCAAGAGUUAAAGGGCACAAAGGAGAAAGAGGCCCUGAUGGACCCCCAGGAUUUCCAGGGCAGCCGGGACGACAUGGUCAGGAUGGGCAUGCCGGAGAGAAAGGAGACCCAGGGCCCCCGGGGGAUCAUGAAGACGCAGCUCCAGGUUACAAAGGGCUUCCUGGGCCACCAGGCCCCCCAGGCAGAGCAGGACCUGCUGGGACCCCAGGACUGGGAUUUCCUGGUCCUCCAGGACAAAGAGGACAACCCGGUGUCCCUGGCCACCCGGGUGUGAGGGGCCCUGACGGCUUAAAGGGUCAGAAAGGCGACACCAUUUCUUGUAAUGUAUCCUAUCCAGGGAGGCCGGGCCCUCCAGGUGUUGAUGGGCCUCCAGGUCCAAAGGGAUUACCAGGUCCCUGGGGAGCUCCUGGGCUGAAAGGUUCAGAUGGACCCAAAGGGCGGCGUGGUCAGCCAGGAACAUCGGAAAUACCAGGUCCACCCGGUUUUCGUGGUGAUAUGGGAGAUCCAGGCUUUGCAGGUGGAAGGGGGUCUUCCCCUAGUGGGCCCCCAGGCCCUCCCGGGGCACCUGGAAUGAAUGGCCAGAAAGGAAUCCCAGGAGACUCUGCAUUUGGUCACCCAGGACCCCCGGGAAAGAGGGGUCCUUCAGGAGUGCCAGGGACAAAAGGCCAGAAAGGUGACCCAGGAUGCCCAGGGGCUGAAGGGCCACCUGGUGUUCCCGGACUCCCAGGUCUCAAAGGUCCCAAAGGCAAAGAGGGGAGCCCUGGGUUUCCAGGUAUCCCAGGUCCACCUGGCCAUUCCUGUGGAAGAGGUGCUCCAGGGACACCAGGGCAACCAGGACUCCCUGGGGCUCCAGGUAGCCCAGGUAUCCCGGGUAAGAAAGGACAGCCAGGAGACAUGGGCCCCCCUGGACCAGCUGGAAUGAAGGGCCUCCCUGGACUCCCGGGACUGCCAGGGGCAGGUGGACUCGCGGGACCGCCAGGAAUCCCAGGCCCCCCUGGGGACGCCGGAUUCCCUGGUUUUCCAGGCCUUAAGGGACUCCAGGGGCUGUCUGGUUUCCGGGGUUUUCCUGGAGAGAGAGGAAAGCCGGGCCCAGAUGGGCAGCCAGGCCAAAAGGGCGAACGCGGAGGGACGGGCUGGCCUGGCUUUCCGGGAGACCCGGGAGUGAGAGGGGCCAAAGGAGCCAGGGGCCCUCCUGGAGAUGAAGGAGAAAUGGCGAUCAUUUCUAAAAAGGGGAAACCCGGGGAACCUGGACCUCCUGGAGAUGAUGGACUCCCCGGAGAACAAGGUGACAGAGGAAGUCCCAGUGUGCAGGGAGGAAGAGGAGAGCCGGGAAGUCCCGGACCACCGGGAGUCCACAGGGGGGAACCUGGUGAAGAUGGACAGCCAGGCCCUCCUGGACCCCCCGGACCCCCAGGCUCACCUGGAAUAAGAGGAAUCACUGGUUUUCCAGGAUUUCCAGGUGACCAGGGUGAGCCAGGUUCUCCAGGCCCCCCUGGAUUUCCAGGAAGUAAUGGAGCAAGAGGACCUAAAGGAAACAAAGGUGACCCUGCCAGUCAGUGUGGUCCACCUGGUCCAAAGGGUGAGCCAGGUAGCCCUGGAUGUCCAGGGCAUUUUGGCGUCCCCGGAGAGAAGGGCUUGCCUGGUGUUCCAGGGCCCAGAGGACCCCCUGGAAGGUCAGGACUGCCGGGCUCCUCUGGACCACCCGGGUGUCCAGGUGAUCGGGGGAUGCCUGGGAUGAAGGGACAUCCAGGAGAAAUGGGGGACCCUGGGCCAAGAGGCCUCCUGGGGGACCCUGGGAUACCAGGUCCUCCAGGAGUAAAAGGUCCCUCUGGGUCACCUGGCCUGGAUGGCUUGCAUGGUUUGAAGGGUCAGAAAGGAGCCAAAGGUGCUUCAGGUUUGCAUGAUAUGGGCCCACCUGGGCCAAUGGGAAUACCUGGGCCAAAAGGAGAGAUAGGAGACCCUGGGAGCCCAGGAAUCUCUCCUCCAGGACCUUUUGGAGAAAAAGGUCUCCCAGGCCCCCCAGGGAGACCAGGACUACCUGGCCCUGCUGGUGCCAGAGGCGGAGCUCCUAAGGGUGUCGUUCCUCAGCCAGGUCCACCUGGAGAUCGAGGACCUCCUGGCCCUGAUGGCCCACAAGGAGCACCUGGGCCCCCAGGCCCCCCUGGGAGUGUUGACUUUCUGAAAGGGGAUCCAGGUGACUGUGGUCUGCCGGGGCCACCAGGUCCCCCAGGUCCACCAGGCUCUCCAGGGUCCAAAGGCUUUCCAGGAUGUGAUGGAACUGAUGGCCGGAAAGGACCAAUGGGAUUUCCAGGGCCCCAGGGGCCACAAGGACUUCCUGGGCCACCUGGAGAGAAGGGUCUACCUGGACUUCCUGGCAGAAAAGGGCCCACGGGUCCUCCAGGUGAACCUGGGCCACCUGCAGAUGUGGACGACUGCCCCCGAAUCCCAGGGCUUCCUGGGGUACCCGGCCCACGAGGACCAGAAGGAGGCAUGGGGCUCCCUGGACCGCGAGGCCCCCCAGGAUCAGGGUGCAAAGGAGAGCCUGGACUGGAUGGCAGGAGGGGCGAGGACGGAGUGCCUGGGUCUCCUGGGCCUUCCGGAUGCAAAGGUGACACAGGAGAAGCUGGCUGCCCUGGAGAACCAGGUCCUCCUGGUCCCCCUGGGGACCCUGGGCCCAAAGGGUCUGGCCCUGGAUAUCCCAGCAGCUUCCUCCUAGUUCUCCACAGUCAGACAGACCGAGAGCCUGCCUGCCCCGCAGGCAUGCCCCGCCUCUGGACUGGGUACAGCCUGCUGUGCCUGGAGGGACAGGAGAAAGCUCACAGCCAAGACCUUGGUCUGGCAGGAUCUUGCCUUCCCAUCUUUAGCACGCUGCCCUUCGCCUACUGCAACAUCCACCAAGCAUGCCACUAUGCCCGGAGAAAUGACAGGUCCUACUGGCUGGCCAGUGCGGCACCGCUCCCAAUGAGGCCGCUCUCAGAGGAGGAGAUCCGCCCCUACGUCAGCCGCUGUGCUGUGUGCGAGGCCCCAGCCCAGGCCGUGGCAGUGCACAGCCAGGACCAGUCCAUUCCCCCGUGUCCACGAACCUGGAGGAGCCUCUGGAUUGGCUACUCGUUUCUGAUGCACACAGGAGCUGGGGACCAAGGAGGAGGACAAGCCCUCAUGUCACCUGGCAGCUGCCUGGAAGAUUUCAGAGCAGCACCAUUCCUCGAGUGUCAAGGCCGCCAGGGAACUUGCCACUUUUUUGCAAACAAGUAUAGCUUCUGGCUGACAACGGUGAAACCAGACUUGCAGUUUUCUUCUGCCCCGUCACCAGACACCUUAAAAGAAAGCCAAGCCCAGCGCCAGAAAAUCAGCAGGUGCCAGGUCUGCGUGAAGUAUAGCUAAAGAACUUGAAAUGCGCCAGCGCAUGGCCAAGAGAAACUUGGUUAGGGCGCUAAGACCACCUAGGCUGUCCUAAGAGAUCUGAUGGUGCUCAUCUUGGACUCCCUUUCCCAGCUUUCCAUCGGUUCAUCAUGGCUAUUUCCACAGUCUUCUGUUCCUUAUAGACUAAGCAAGCACAACACCGACGGUUUUAUUUGGACUUACCAAUGCAGAUGAAUCUUAUUUACUGAGGGCGACAGAAGAGCUGGCCUUAUUUAAAAAUAUACUGAUUCACGGGAAGGCAAGUAGAUGGUAACGGCCAGAUUACAAAUUAUAUUACUGAAAACUUCAUUCAUUGUUUACCUCAAACAACCGAAGUUAAUUACUCCAAAAUACAAUGGGCUUUUGGAUGGAAGUUACAGGAAAGAAUGAACAGGUCAACAAAUGAAACUAGAAAGUGGAGACUGUCAACAUUUCAAAAUGAUUUCCUCUGUAAUCUAUUUUUCCAUGCACUUUAAAUAAUUGUAAAACCAUGACCCAAAGAGAUUUAUAAAAAGGAAAAAAAGAAUAUCGACACUGCUAGUGUUAAUGUUUCAGUUUCAAAGCAGAAUGAAUCAUUAUGCUAGGAAGGCCCCCGGUGGCUGUUUUCCAGAGAUGUGACAUUAGCAUAAACACAUCACAGAUGAAUAUAAAACAUUAUGUUCUCUUCUGCACUUUUCAGAGAAUAGAAAUGCCUACUUUGGCAAUCCUUUUGAAAAGCAGCAAUUAUGGAAAAAAAUAUAUUCAAUAAGGGAUUAAGAGCCUAAAAGCUAUUAAUGAAUAUUAAGGUAGUGAUUCACAAAAAUUGACUCCCCAUCACGGGGAACUUCCAGACAGACUGCUUUUUCCCAGUCGGGGUCCGGCGUGUCCUUGGUGCCUGCGUGCUAAUGGGACUGAAGCACCAUGGGGCUUACUCCAGCCGGCAUGUGGUUCAUACAAAGCAGUUCACUCCCCUCCCCCAGAGAACCCGUGGAGCUUCCUCGCAGCUCACAAUGGACCCUUUUCCUUCACACAUAUAAUGGCAGCUCACAUGGGGGAAUGACAGAGCUAUCAUUAUGCACUUGGGAGAAAAUUAAGGGCAACUUAAUUAAACUUAGGUAAGAAGAUUUAAGUCAUGGUCAGCCCACCAGGAAGACACGGCACAAUCUUUAGAUGAAACAAAGACAAUCUACAAUUUGAAUUUUAUUCUCUUUUGGUUGUUUAUUUUUCAGGAGCAUUCCAUUUUGCCAAUUUUAAAAAUAAAUUUUUAUCAGUAUUGUACCAAGACAGCAGUUUGACAUUUGGCAUUAGGUAUUUUCUGUAAAAGUUUAGAAGGUGUGUCGAUUUAUAAUGAGUAAGUUCUCUGGAUAGCAAACAAUCCUUUUCUAUGUUGCUAGGAAUUCAGUGGUCUCAUCCUAAAAAUCAAAAGGUUUGUUGGGAAAGAUUUGUAGGAAACUUGCCUUCCUCAUCUAAAAAGAAGGCAUUUUGGAAAAAACUAAAAAUUUCUCCUGCUUAGUUUCAGUGAGCUUGAGAAGAAAAGCUCAAUUAAGAUUUUGUUUAUCAGACUAUUUUUCCUUGCCAAACGUUGAUUAGUAAAUGAGCUCUUGAAAAACACAUUUCAAAUGGGGUAUGAGCUGCCUCUGGGAUGGCAAUUAAUUUUAAGAGUAUUUUCCAGUAAAAAUAAAAAUGUACAUGUUAAGAUGAAAUAUUUUCUUGAUGUAGCAGAAUAUUUCCUUGUUCAUUUAAUAUUUUUUAAACGGUGCUAUGGCAUGUUAAAUAUUUUUGAGCACCUGAAAUUUAAGUCAAUUUCAGCCUUGUUUGUAAUUAUAAUUCUCGUCCAAAAAAUGUAUCUAUCACCCAAAAUUCAGCCUCCUAAAAGUUCAUGCUAUUCAUUGGGAACUUAGUGUGAGAACACUUUCUGAGAAGUGGUAAGGAUGGUAAAUGGAACAUCAGAAACAUCUUGCUUGCUAAAUUGUUCUAGAUACUAACUUAGGCAUUAGAGUAUUACCUUAGUAAGUUUUGUAAGUAGAAAAUGUACUCCUCAUUGAGGCUGAGAUAGUAAAUAUCAGACUGUUCUCAAUGCUGGUAUCACAAGAGUUCUCUCAAAAUGCAGCACAAACAGUACCCUCUGAUUUUGAAAAAGUAAUUUAAGUGGUGAAAAAGGCAGAACGAUAGGAAAAAUAACUUCUUGGAAUAGAGGAACAUGUUAUCUUAAGCUAGUAUUUUCUUCACCUGGUGCUUUCAAUGUGUUUUAAAUCUCCUUUCUUGGCUGAGUGAGGUGGCUCUCAACUUUAAUCCUAGCAUUUGGGAAGGCUGAGGCUGGAGGAUUGCUUAAGGCCAGGAGUUUUAGGCUGCAGUGAGCCAUGAUGGUACAGCUGUACUCUAGCCUGGGCAACCGAAUAAGACUGUCUAAAAAUUAAAUAAAAUAAUAUAUCUUUUCUCUCUAAAGGUGAUGAACAAAGUCUCAACGUUGUUCUCCUAGAAACUUACUACUGGUGAUGAUCCUUUCCAAACCCUCCUUCCCAAGGCUCUCCCCGACCUUGUUGGUUGGUAUGCACCUAGAUGGCUCUUGCUGGAGGAGUGGGAUAUUCCCUUCUGGGUUUUUAUUCUCAGUUCGUGGAGCCCAUUCAUCCAGGCAGGCCCUUUCCUUCUGCUCCCACGCUCCCCACACUGACACUGAGUCCCCGCUUCUUGUGGACUGUGUGCCCUCCCAGCCUUAUGCACCUGCCCAACACCGCCUUUGUCUACCACCUCUACUCUGGCACUGGCAAUCUCCCUACUGAUGUCCACAGUUUCCAAUCCCAGUCAUCAGCUCAGAUCCACCAAACUUCAUUUUGUUAUCCACUGGAUCAAAAUCCUUCAGUGAUUCUACUGCCAUGAAGUCAUGACUUCACACAGGGUGAAGGGGCCAGUGGGAACUGUCUGAGCCUUACCACCAGGAGUACCUCUUGUCGUGAUGAACUGUGCAGUUCCACGAGCACUCCCAGUCCCUCCGUGACGUUGCCCCUGCCCUUUCUACCAGCAAUGUCCUCCUUCAGGUCAGUUUCCUUGGCAGACACCUUCUUUUCUUUAAAGACUGAGUUGGGUGUUGAGUUCUCCCGGGGAGACUCAGAUCCCCUGUUGCUGCUCCAAGUACAGUUAAUGGAGCUGUCCCCCUUCUCCCGUUUCCCACUGCUCCUCUGAUGUCUCGGCACACUUCCUUCAUUCCCUUGCCAAACUGUAAGCCUCUCAAGGGCAGGGACCAUGCUUUCCUCAUUUUUUGUUGUUGUUGUUGUUGUUUGUUUUUAUGUCCAAGGCCUCGUAGGAAGCUGAGCACAUCAUGGACACUGAAUUAUUUUUGUUAAUGACAAUUCCACAACCAUCUUGAGGCAUUUGGUGCUCAGUUCUGCAUAUAAGGUCUUCAUUGGUGAGAUGGGAAUAAGUAUAACCCAUUCCUUAUUUGAAAAUAUUUGAAUGUUCAACAUAUUAUUUGGGGGUGGGGAGUGAUAAGCUUUCAACUGGCUUUUCACUCCCCCACCCCUCCCAAAAUAGAUUCUUACUUUUCUAUAAACUGAAAUUUCAGAAAUGAUGAGACUUGAGAGAUUUGAUGGAUAGAUCCUUUGGUGUAAUGUGACAUGACUUAACUCAUGCUAUCAUAUGUCUCUCCUCAUAGUUUAAUGCCUUUGUAGGACAAAAUUACUUCUACAAAGUUUGUAUACAUGUUGUUGGUGUUUAGAAAAAUAGUCCAUGGAAUGGUCCACUACAAUUGAAUUUUAUCAAGGAUUUUAUUUUUGACCAGCCUGAGCAACAUAAUGAUGCCCUGUCUCUAUGGGAAAUUAAAAAAAAAAAAAAAAAGUAGCUGGGCCUGGUGGCAGGUGUGCUGCUAGUCCCGGCUGCUUGGGAGCAAAGCUCAGGAGUUCGAGGCUGCAGUGAGCUGUGAUUGUAAUACUGCACUCCAGCCUGGGCAACAGGGCAAGACCUGGUCUCAAAGAAAAAAAAAGAAAUUAAAUUGAACAUUUUAUUUUGAACCUCUUAUAAUAAAGCCAAUUGUUUUAUAUAUUCCAGGAAAUACUAGAUUUGUGUUUCUCUCACCUCAUUAAAAUAAUUUGGUAACUGGAGAGUCGGUUGAACCCAGGUUUGAAUCUGGUUCUAGCACUUUCCAGCUGUGUUACUCUGGGUGAGUUUUGCCAACUUCCUAAGUUUCAUUCCCUUUAUUUAUGAAAUAGGACAUAGCAUCUACUCUUGUGUCAACAAUUAAAUUAUCUGUCUAGAACAUAGCAGUCAUCAUACAUUUAUUACAGUCACAUCUUCUAUUUAAAAUAAACGAUUUGAUAUGAAAAAUAUUCCCUGAGUCUUUUACACAGUAGAAUUAUAUUAUGAUUCUCACAGGGUAUAUAAAUUACUGAUUAGAGUUAUUUAUAUGUGGCCAAUUCUUAAUGUCUUUGGGAAUGCUGUUUUAUUUCAAUUCUCAAAGUCACCGUACCACAAAAAUUAUCACAAUUUCCUGCAGUGACAUUAUCCGUUAAGUCCUGUAGGGAACAAACAAUUGACAUUAAAAAUCACUCCUUUGCAAUUGUCACUGUUAUUAUCUGCUAGAAACUCUGCAUAAUGCAUUUUAAACCACCAAGGCUGGCUGCCACAUACAUGUGAAAUGCUUGAAUUUUAUGGUGCUUAAAUAUUUAAUCACUCAUAGGAAAAAUGUGAAAUAUGUCCAAUAAAUUGCAUCCCUUUCUGUAACCUAUGGCUGUAAAGUUAAAGACCUUUAAAAAUUAUUGUUUAUUUACUAAAGUAAAAACUAGGGUCCACUUUUUGUGUUCUGCAUGCAGGGAUUUUUGACAAAUGUGUAAUGACAGGUACCCACCAUGACAGUAUCAUACAGAGGAAUUUCAUUCUCUUAUUCUCCACCUUCCAUCCACCCCCGCCUCCUGGCAACCAUUGAUCUUUCCACUGUCUCCAUAGUUUUACCUUCAGGAGGUCAUGUCGUUGGAACUACAUUAUGUCGCCUUUUCAGAUUGUAUUCUCUCACUUGGCAAUGUAUGUUUAAAGUCCCUCCAUGUAUUCUGUGCUUGUUAGCCAUUUCUGUUAGCGAUGAAUAAUAACCAUUGUUUUAUGCACCUACUGAAGGACAUGUCAGUUGUUUUCAAGUUUCAACAAUUACAAAUAAAGCUGCUGUAUGUAUUUGCGUGUGGGUUUUUGUAUGGACGUGAGUUUUGCAUUCAUUGUAAUACAUACCAAGAAGUGUGACUGUGGAUUGUACGGUAAAAGCAUGUUUAGUUUUGUAAGAAACUGCCUACUGUUUUCCAAAUUGGCUGUACCAUUUUGUAUUCCUACCAGCAAUGUCUUUGGCAACAUAUGACAUUGUCAGUGUUGUGGAAAGCUUACACGAGGAUGUAGAUUCUACGAGAAUGUGCAUACUUCUACCAUUUUGUUUACAGUAAUCAGGAGGAUGUAACCAGCCUCGACUGGCCUUAA